GUCAAAAGUGUGAGGUUAAGUUACAUCACUAAUUUCUGAUUUUUAAAAAGAAAAUACAAAUUUGAGAUGGCAUCACAAGCUAUCAGACGAAGUGUUAAGGAAGUUAAACCUAUUCUUUCAUUAGACCGUGAAGAAGCACGAAAAAGAGUUUUGAACUUAUAUAAAGCCUGGUACAGACAGCUCCCUUACAUUGUUAAUAAUUAUGAUAUUCCAAGAAAUGUUGAGCAAUGUCGAGAAAAACUAAGGCAAGAAUUUACCAAAUUUGAUGAUAUUAAAGACAUUAGGCUGAUCGAUAUGUUAGUUAUCAAGGGCCAAAUGGAACUGAAAGAAGUUGUGAAUGUUUGGAAGCAAAAAGGUCACAUUAUGAACUACUUCAAAGAUACAGCAGAACCAAAACCCAAAGAUUUCUUAGGAAAGUUCUUGAAUGGCAAAGAUUAGGGUUAAUAUGGUUAUUUUUAAAUGUAGUUUGUGUAAAUAAUAUUAAUAAAGGAUUAAAAAUG